AUGGAUCAGCUGCAGUUCGUCGCGGGUGGUCGGCCUUCCCAUUUAGGUGUUGCAAUUGCUGAAAAGCUUCAAGAAUCGCACAGACCUGCUGCGUCGCCGGAUCGGCCUUCAUUUACAUUCAUCGAUCAUGAUGAUGAUUUGACCUCUAAGAGGAUCAAAGAUGUCAACGCCCGCAAGGCAAUCCGCUCCCAUGUCAUGCGUGAUGUACGUCGACGGGAAAGACUUGCUGGGCUGAAGAGAAGCUCCAGGCGUGCAAGUCGGACUCAGCCUGUGUCCAGGUCAACGCGAGAAGGAAACCCCGAGGAGCAAAGGCUGGACCUGAGAGCAGCCUCUCAGUCAUCUGCUUCGUCUGGGGUGGAGAGUUCCGAGUCCGACGAUAGCUCUGUCGAUUCAAAAUAUCGAGGACGACCCCUUAGAUGGAGUGCUGGGAACCCUGUGUCCUCCCAUUGGAACCCGAGUCCACGCUCUCUACCCAGAGCAUGGUUUCUCGAUCCUUUUUGUUCUCUGCCUGGAACAACGGAGCUUCCUACCAUGGUCGGGCACCUGGUAUACUAUUGGAAAUCCGUGUUUGUCCCCAUGACGUUUCCCAGCGAGAUCCAAGGAAGUCAGGAAACAAAAGAGGUUGAGCUCAUGGUACGCUCUUCCUUCUCUGAUCCCGGGAGCUUUUUCGGCCUGAUGAGUAUGUGUGCCGCACAUCGAGCAGCUUUAUCAAGUAAUAGCAUCGAUGCCUCGGGCUUCCCAAGUCGGCCAGUUGAACUGACUGUCAAUGACACCGAGUACUGCAUCAUGAAAGCAAAGUCAAUUCGAGAAAUGAAUGCCAAAGUCAGAGAUCCUCGCCGAGCACUGAGUAACGAGGCGUUUGACACAAUUAUCAACCUUCUUACUGGCGCGUUAAUUGCCGGCCUGUUCGAUGAGGUAAGAAUUCAUUUAGCUGGUCUGAAGCGCAUGGUAAAUCUUCGAGGCGGCAUCAUGGAUGAAAGUAUCCGCUCUGCUUCGAUGUUGGCUGCAAUUAUCACCACCGAUAUCAAAGCUGCUACGGGCCUUCUGGUCAGGCCUGUAUUUCCCUUGACAUGGGAUGCACAGCCAGUACCAGAAGCGGUUCAGCAGCGACUGCGGCCACCCAUAUCGGCACCCUCCCAUCGACUCGGGAGUAGCUUCUUUGCCAACACUUUGCUGAGUCGCCCAUUUAACCGGAUUCUAUGGGUAAUACGAGAUAUCAUCUAUUACAGUGCUACCCUUCGUGUGACACCUGAACUCAUUCAUCCAGAGGACAAUCAUCUCUUCCGGGUCCUCAACUGCGAAGCAGAGCAUCAGCUUCUGAGCUAUAUCUAUUCGAAAGAACAUUCACCGGACGAUUCGAGUCCCGGCCUAGAAUACCACCCAAUCGAAGAGGUCGCUCGCGUGGCUUCCAUAUGCUUUCUCAACUACUUUCUCAUCGUCUCGCCUCCUUCAUCGGGCCUUGGUCGUGCCCUAACAAGGCACUUAAUUAAGGCUGUGAGCAGCUGCAAACUCUCUCUCCUUCUUACACUAUCCAAAGAAAACCUUGGACUCUUUGCUUGGGCUCUGUUCGUGGGAGCUCAAGGCUCCCUCGGUCAAAUCGAGCGAUCUUGCUUCGUGGAGAGUCUGGCCCGCGUUGCAUUGAUAUGCAAAUGGCAAACCUUUGAACAGGUUACGAAUAUCAUGUUGGGCUACUUUUAUGUUCCAGACACGCACUAUGUGAACUGGCGAUCUAUUUGGGACGAUGCGAUUACUGGGUUUGUGACAUUUUCAGAUGAAGCAUGA